AAAAUCAUUAGAAGAAAAAAACAGGAAGAAGCACGAUUUCUAGUAGAACUGUUUGCAAAGCAAAAUAAAAAACCUUUUGAUGUCAGCAAAGUCUUUUCAAAGGCAACGUCGAAUAUAAUAUCAAGUAUAAUUUUUGGAUCAAGAUUUGACUUUAACAAUCCAGAUUUUAACAGCCUACUAGGAAAUAUAGAUUAUCUUUUCAAAACCAAUAGGACAUCCGGAAACUUCUUCCCUUUGCCUGCUUUUCUUAAUCCAUUUGAUAAGACAAAUAUGAUUGUAAAGAAUCGGAGAGCAAUUCAAGAUUAUAUUCGUUCCAGAAUAGAUGACGAGCGACGGUCGUUUGAUCCAAACAAUGUUCGACACUUCUUGGAUCUUUACCUUCAACAGGAAGGCAAAUCUAACAGCAAAAUAUCAGAAAACCAUCUGCUCCUGACUUUAGCCGAUCUGUACAUAGCUGGCACCGAUACAGCAUCUGUUACAUUACAGUGGAGUAUGCUUUACAUGAUAAAAUACCCUGAUGUACAGAAAAAAUGCAGAGAUGAAAUUUUGGAGGUAAUUGGUGGAGAUAGAAACCCAGUGGUCAAAGAUAAAGAUUACUUACAUUAUGUAAUGGCCACAUUACACGAAGUACAGAGAAUAGCAACUAUAGCAGAUGAAACGGAUGAGUUACCAACAGUUGGUACAAUGACUGGGAUAACACAGCAGCCAAAGGACUUUCAAAUGUGCUUUUUACCAAGACAUUAA